CGAUUGUCAUUUGUUCUUGGUCACAUCACUCUUUUUUUGUUAUGGUUUUAAAAAAAUUUUAAAUAAAAUAUCUAAUCAACAAAACCAAAAAAAACGACCGAUUUCGACCAAUAUAAUGUGUGGAUAUGAAUUGCUCAAGAUCUGCAAACUAAAUAAUUUUCAAUUCUAACAUAAUUUGUGAUAAUUGUAAAAAAUGGCUGACAAUAAUGAAAAUUUUCAUGGCUCAUCAAUGUCCGUCAUAAAUGAUCGUAUUGUUAAUAAUGUACCGCUGUUCGGCUCAUCUAUACCCGGACAAAAUCAUUCCUCUAACAUUGAAUUUGUCUAUACGGAUACUGAUCAACAUUUGAAUGAAAUUGCCGAACUUUAUAGCUAUGGUGAAGAUGUUGAUUUUUUACCAAAUCGAUUCGCAUUUGAAGAGUUAAUGGAAGAUUAUGGUUAUCCAUUAAAAUGGACCCAUAUGUCUGAAGAUCAAAAACAUCGUGCUAUCGAAAGAAUGGCAGAAGGUAUUGAAUUUACUGAUCGUACCAAUAGAAUUCGCGCUAUUCGUGGCUUACUGUAUUUAUGUCAAGGAAAUUUUGGCGAUUGUCUGAUCAUUGAUGAGCAGCCUAAAUAUGCAAGAAAAAAUAUAUUUCAUCUUUAUGAUUAUGGUCUUUUUCCGAUGUUUAUCCAAUUGAUUUAUUAUGAAAUUGAACAUUCUAUGAAAUUAAAUGAAUCAUCGCAACCAGUAACUACAAUUACUUUGACGACAAAUACAGCUUGCCAUGCAAACGUUGCUUUACGAUUAUUAUUCAAUAUUGUCUAUUUAUUUGUACAGGAAAUGUCCAUCGAAUGUAGUGAAAGUGAUACCGAUUACCAUAGAAAAUUACGUGAACAAUUUAAAGAAGAAUUGAUGCAGCCGAUUUGUGGUGAAAUUCUGCCAAUAUCAUUAUUAGAUAUGAUUGUUAAACAUUGUAACGGUCAAGGACCGCCAAAUUUUCAGACGAAGAAAACAUUAUUGUUACUUUGGAAAGUUUUGCUAUUAACAUUGGGUGGACAUGAUGAGUUGCUUCAAUUGAAAAAUCAUUACCGUAAGCGUGCUGGUCUUAAACCUGUGCCGGAUGAUACGUUAGAAGUUACCCGACGAAUGUUUCCAACAUCACCGCCACCUACUGCUAGUGAAAUGGUUGAUUCGCAAAAUCAACGCAAGAUGAAUCGUCCAUUUAAACGACAAACAGUUGUGAAACAAAGUUCAUUUGGUGAUGAAUCAUAUACAGCAUCUACAAAUUUCAAUGGGGAUGAAUCUAAUGCAAAUGGUGAAGAUGACAUUCUUAAUGAUGAUGCUUUUGAACCUCCCAAUGAUAAUGAUGGUAAUUCUAACGAUGCAAACGGAAAUUCUGAUCAGAAAGACCCGAUUUAUGAUUCACCAGCAACACCAAGACCAUCAUCACAGAAUGGCGGUUCACCUCGAUCAUCUAGUCCUGUACCUGAUGGCUUACAUAAUAAUGAUCGGCGUACAGAAUUGAAUAAUCUACGUGCAGCUUUAAUGAUUUCAAAAGGUCUUCCUUGGCAAACAAAAGUGCGGCAAAAAGAUAUUGAACAAUUUUUUAAUCAAGUAAGGCAAAAAUUCCUGAAAUAUAAUCUUCCGGAUGAUUAUACGACAACAGCUGGUUUGCCAUCACCAAUUCUUGAAAGUAUUGAAGUAUUACGAAAGCAUUUAUACAUAUCGUUAAGUGAAAUGCAAAUUAAACGUGAAGAUGAAAUUGCUCGUUAUCCAUUAACAAUGAAAGAAUUGGAUGAUGAAUCAUGUAAUUCAUAUGCUGAACAGCUAUAUCGAACAAUGUUGCCAAAUCUACCACAAUAUCUAAUUGCAUUGUUGAAAUUAUUACUCGGUUCAGUAUCAAACUUGAAAUCAAAAAAUGAUACCCAUAUUGUAUUGGCCGAUAUAAUUCCACCAGAACCACCAAUCAAUACAACACAAUCAAUAAAAAUGAAAAUCGAUGUGAAUAGACAUCUAGAAAUAAUAAUCAAAGCCAUUUCGGGUAUAAUGAUUUUAAUGUUGAAGCAUUACAAAAUUAAUCACAUCUAUCAAUUCGAAUACAUAUGUCAACAAUUGAUGUUUGCCAAUUGUAUACCUUUAAUAAUCAAAUUUUUAUCACAAGAAAUGACAGAAUUUGUACAAUCAAAAAAUAAUAUACCAGUAUUGGAUUUUCCAGCUUGUGUGAUUGGUGAACAGCCAGAGCUUACAUCCGAUACGAUUGAAUUGUUGUCCGAAACGCAACCAUAUAGUUGGCGUAAUAUGUUUUCAUCGAUAAAUCUUCUUCGAAUACUGAAUAAAUUGACUAAAUGGAAAAAUUGUCGUAUUAUAAUGUUGGUCUUAUUUAAAUCAUCACAACCAUUAAAACGAGCAUUACGUGUACGACAUUCAAUGUUUCAGCUUUAUGUAUUAAAAUUGUUAAAAAUACAGGCUAAAUUUUUAGGAAGACAAUGGCGUAAAUCGAACAUGAAAACAAUGUCAGAUAUUUAUGCCAAAGUUAGACAUCGAUUAAAUGAUGAUUGGGCGUUCGCCAAUGAUGUGGAUACCAAGUCCAUCUAUGUACAAACGGAAGAAUUUUUUCUGCAAGCAAAUAUUAAUCGUUUCCAUCAUCGUCGCUAUGAAAAACCAUAUCCGAAUAAUAUAAAUUUAGUAAUAGCAUCACAACAACAAACUUCAUUUUCCCAAACUACGUCUGGUCAUUUUAACGGUGGCGUUAGAUUGAAUGAUUAUAUAUCUAAUGGAUUAAACGGAUCAGUAACAAGUCCAUCGGCUACAGGUAUGGCUAAUACUUUUUUCGAUUCAAACGUAACGACAACGGAAAAUCAAGUAGCUAAUGCACAACAACAAUCCAUAAAUCCAGCGCUUUUAUCGAUUGCCGAAGCUGAUCUUUUACAACCAGUGGACAAUAAUUUACUUUCAGUGCUAAGCAAAGAAAUACGAUUGAGCAAAGAAUUCAAAAAGAAUUAUGAAAUAUGGCUUGAACGUGAAGUAUUUCGAUAUGAAAUUAAUUGGGAUGAAUUAUUGGAUGAUCCAAGUGGUGCAUCGAUUGAUAAAAAUUUUUUAGAUUUUAUUACUGAUAAAUCAGAUAUUAGUACCGUACGGCCACAAAAACAAUCAUCGGAGAUCUUAGUAACUGCAGCCAAAACGAAUGAAUGAUUCAAUUAAAGCUUCACCAACUUUUUACCUAAUCUCCGGCUCGGCUGGUAUCUAUGUUUUUCUUUUUUAAUUUUUUCUAAUUGCAAAAAUGUUCAAAUCAAUUGUCGAUUUUC